UUUAGAUAAAGCGCUCUAUGAUGUAGAUCAAUGUGAAGUGCAGGAUUCACUAUAAAUAAAGAAGACCGUUUUUUACUUACAUCAUUCAAUCAAAAACGCCAAUCGGUAGCGCACUCAAAAUGAAAUUGCUCGUGGUAUUAGCGGUCAUUGCUGUUUCCAAUGGAGAUAAGCUGCAAAAAGCAUAUCUUCCCCCGCUACAUGCCCAAUCUUCUGGAGGGUCCGGGAGCUUUCUCGAGACUCCCAUAUUAGGAAGAAUUGUUGUACCAGAGACAGAUGACAGUCAACAACAAAUUCAAUACGUCCAAAUUGCUGAUCAUGGCAACAAUUACAGAGAAUAUCAAUCUAGACCAGAACGUCCUCAAGCUGCGUUUGAAAGGAAUGCGAAGAUUCUUCACCAAAGCUUUGAUAGCGAUGGCGAAAAAUAUGCAUACUCCUUUGAAACUCAAAAUGGGAUAUACGCUGACGAGAAGGGUGUAGCAACUAACGGAGUGUCAGCUCAGGGAGGUUUUUCGUACAUUGGCGAUGACGGGAAACAAUAUAGCAUCAGGUACACCGCCGAUGAAAAUGGAUUCCGCCCCCAAGGAGACCAUAUCCCCACACCACCUCCCAUCCCGAAGGAAAUACUUUUAUCUUUAGAGCAGAACGCACGUGAUGAAGCUGCCGGCAUUUUCGAUGAUGGUUCUUACAACCCCAACAAGUACGAAGUUGCAAGCAAGUCUGUUAACGGAGUAAAUCACGUGAAUCAAGUUCACGAGCAAGUAACUGUUGAACACGCCCAGAACGAUGAAGACUCUGUAGUAACACAUUCCGCUGCUUCAUCCGGGUCAGAGGUUCAAGCUCCCAGACAUUACAUUCUCAUAGAUAGCCAGAACUUACCAACAAAAGCAUAUCUACCUCCUCAAGUCCAAAACGUCCAGAUCCUGGAAGACCGUAGCUCAAACGGAAACUUCGCAUUCACCAGGACUCGUCCCAGCUUCAACGCAAAGAGCGGCUACCAGUAUUAAUCCAAUCCUAUAAUGGUCUAUGAAUCUCGUAAUAUAUAAUUUAUUUAUUAACUUAAAA